UUUUUAUUGCCCUACUUCGCAAUUUCAAUUCGUGUUACUUGAUUAACCACCAAAAACAGCCACCACAGGUUUUAAUUUCGUCUUCGAAGAAGGAAAGACGCAAUCUUUUCUCGGCGACGAAGUUGUUUCUCUUCUUUGAGUAUGGCAGAUAGUGAAUCCGUUGCUACCGAAGCAUCCGCUCAUUCCGCUGCUGAGGCAUAUGCUUCGGCUGGUUAUGCCGAGUCUGGGUCAAAUCCUACUCUCGAGGCAGGUGCUACUGCUGAUCAACCGGCUGGAGAAGGAGCUCAGUCCACUUCAACGUAUGGAUUUGGUUAUUCUAAUACUGGUGAUGUGAAUGCGUAUACUGGGGAUCCGAAUUCUGUUCUACAGCAAUCCCAAUUCAAUGCUACUGGUGAUACCAAGCCAGCUGGUGGAGUGCCAGAUGCUAACGAAGCCUCUGCUGGGGUUGGAAGCACUGCUGCUGAGCCUGCUCUGGCUUCUAACUACAGUUCAUCUGUCAACGGUGGUGUAGUCGGUUCAGUGACGAACGGACUUGAAAACGGAAAUGCAUUGGAAAACAUUGACGGGUCGGUUGAUGAAAAACAACUCGCAGAUGGCUACGGAGCUGCCUUGUCUGCUGAGGAAGAUCGACUGUGGAAUAUUGUAAGAGCUAAUUCUUUAGAUUUCAGUGCCUGGACUUCCUUGAUUGAAGAGACAGAGAAGGUAGCCGAGGACAAUAUUCUGAAGAUUCGAAGAGUUUAUGAUUCCUUUCUAGCAGAAUUUCCCUUGUGCUACGGUUAUUGGAAGAAAUAUGCUGACCAUGAGGCACGACUUGGCUCUAUAGAUAAAGUUGUUGAGGUGUAUGAGCGUGCUGUUCAAGGGGUUACAUAUUCAGUGGACAUUUGGUUGCAUUAUUGCAUAUUUGCUAUAAGCACGUAUGGGGAUCCCGACACUGUUCGUAGGCUUUUCGAACGAGGAUUGGCUUAUGUUGGAACAGAUUAUCUUUCUUUUCCCCUCUGGGAUAAAUACAUUGAAUAUGAGUACAUGCAGCAGGACUGGGCUCGCCUUGCCAUAAUUUACACCAGAAUAUUAGAGAAUCCAAAUCAACAAUUAGAUCGGUAUUUCAGCAGCUUCAAGGAGUUAGCUGGAAACCGACCUUUGUCAGAGUUACGAACUGCUGAAGAAGCUGCUGUAAGUGUUGCUUCAGAGGCUACUGCUGGACAAGGUGCUGAGGGAGAGGUUCAUCCUGAUGGUGCAGAGAAGUCUCCUAAAUCUGUAAGUGCUGGCUUAACAGAAGCAGAAGAGUUGGAGAAGUAUAUCGCCAUAAGAGAAGAGAUCUAUAAAAAAGCUAAAGAGUUCGAUUCUAAGAUCAUUGGUUUUGAAACAGCCAUCCGAAGGCCCUAUUUUCACGUCCGGCCUCUCAAUGUUGGAGAGCUCGAAAAUUGGCACAACUAUCUGGACUUUUUAGAAAGGGAAGGUGACUUAAGCAAGAUUGUCAAGUUGUAUGAGAGGUGUGUCAUUGCAUGUGCCAAUUAUCCUGAGUAUUGGAUACGCUAUGUUUUGUGUAUGGAAGCCAGUGGAAACAUGGAUCUUGCAAAUAAUGUUCUUGCCCGAGCCACCCAAGUCUUUGUUAAGAGACAACCGGAGAUACAUCUUUUUUCUGCGCGGUUUAAGGAGCAGAAUGGAGAUAUAGAGGGUGCUAGAGCUGCCUAUCAGCUUGUGCAUACUGAAACUUCCCCUGGUCUUCUUGAAGCAAUAAUCAGGCAUGCCAAUAUGGAACGCCGAUUGGGAAAAAUGGAGGAUGCCUUCUCCUUGUAUGAACAGGCCAUAGCUAUUGAGAAAGGAAAAGAACAUUCACAAACAUUGCCGAUGUUGUUUGCUCAGUAUUCUCGAUUUGUUUAUUUGGCUUCUGGGAAUGCAGAGAAGGCAAGACAGAUUUUAGUUGAGGGGCUGGAGAAUGUUUUGUUGUCAAAACCAGUUCUCGAGGCCUUAUUGCAUUUUGAGGCUAUUCAACCCUUUCAAAAGCGAGUUGAUAUCGACUUUCUGGAGUCAUGGGUUUGCAAAUUCAUAAUGCCUAACUCAGAGAGUCCUAGUGUAGCUAGUGCAAUUGAGCGUGAGGAACUUUCUAGUAUUUUUCUGGAGUUUUUGAAUCUCUUUGGAGAUGUUCAAUCAAUCAAGAGAGCAGAGGAUAUGCAUGCCAAAUUGUUUUUGCCACACAGAAGCAUGUCAGAGUUGAAGAAACGUCAUGCUGAGGAUUUCUUAGCUUCAGACAAAGUUAAAGCGUCAAGAACUUAUUCUGCUCAAUCACCUGCCCAAUCCGUGAUUGGUGCGUAUCCAAAUGCACAAAACCAAUGGACUAAUUAUGGAGUACAACCUCAAACUUGGCCUCCGGUUACACAAGCACAGGGGCAACAGUGGACUGCUGGCUACACCCAGCAGGCUUCUUAUGGGGCUUAUGCUGGAUAUGGCGGCAAUUAUGCAAAUUCUCAAUUGCCCGCAUCAGUUCCACCGAGUACUGCAUACGGGGCCUAUCCUCCUUCUUAUCCUGCACAGCCGGCGGUUCCUCAACAGCCCUAUGCGCAACCUGUUGCAGCCCCUGCACAGCAACCUGCUGCAGUUCCUCAAGCCUAUUACGGUAGUUAUUACUGAGUUCACAAAAUGAGAUGACAACUGUUUUCGCCUCCUGUAUUUUUUUUCCUUUAUUUUAUAGGGUAAUUUGAUAUUAGGUAUGGAGUACAGUUGUAGUUAUACUGCUGAAAAUAGAAAAUUGUUUGACUAAUUUGCUAUUGUUUUUUUA